AUGAUAGUGAAGACAGUGAAGACCCUGAAUUUUAUGAUAGUGCUUAUGACCAAAGUGAAGAUGAACAAUGCUUGCUGGAGAAUGAUGAAUGUUGACCAUAAUGCUCCAGAUAUGGAUCCAGCUGCAGAUGAAAGAGAGAAAUCAGAUGAUAUGGCUAUAAGUGAUGUUAAUAACUUGGAUAGUAGCUCAUGUGAUGAGGUUGAAUUGCCUCUGAGAAAAAGGAAGAGGAAACUGCCCACGUUUGAAGAUAUUAGGCCUAAAACAUAUUUGAAUAAGCCAAUCUUUAAGCUUGGUCUAAGAUUUCCCAGUGUCUACGUUUUUAGUAAAGCAGUGAGAAACUACUCAGUGUUCAACAUACGGAAGAUAAAGUUAUUCAAGAAUGAUAAAGAUAAAGUCAGAGCAGUUUGUAAUGGGAUCAAGAAUGGAAAAUGUCCAUUAUUUAUUUAUGCUUCAGCUGUAAAUGGAAGUAGCAUGGUUCAAAUUAAGAGUUAUGAAGAUGAGCACACCUGUGGGACUAUUGAACGCAAUGUUCAUGCUAACUCAUCAUGGUUAGCAGAGAGAUAUGCUACACAGCUGUCUAUAAUAAUAAAUUGGGAUUUUGAGACUCUUUGGGAUUAUGUUGAGGAGCUAAAAAAGACAAAUGUGGGAACUACUGUAAAGAUUAAGUCCAAUUUGGAAGGUGACAAAUCUAGAUUUGAAAGGAUUUAUAUAUGUUUAGCAGCUACAAAGAAAGGAUUUAUUGAUGGUUUGAGGCCAGUUGUUGGUUUGGAUGAUUGUCACAUCAAAAGGCAACAUCCUGGCCAAUUACUAUCUGCUGUUGGUGUUGAUCCUAACAACGGCAUGUAUCCAAUAGCUUAUGUAGUGGCAAAGGCUGAGAAUUAUGCAACUUGGACUUGGUUUUUGGAACUCUUAGCUGUUGAUCUUGGCAUUGAAAAUAGUAAUGGCUACGUGUUCAUUACAGAUAGACAAAAGAGCUUAAUUGAUACAGUGGGUGACAUGUUUCCAAACUCUGAGCAUAGGCAUUGCCCUAAACAUCUGCAUGCCAAUUUUAUCCCUGCUGGCCAUAGAGGAUUAGUUCUAAAACAACAUAUGGAGGCUGCUGCAAGAAAUACAACUAUACCUUGGUUUCAAGCAGAGAUGAAAAAGCUCCAAGAUUUGUUAGGACCAACUUUUGAGUGGUUGUCAAGGCUUGAUCCAAUACAGUGGUGUAGAUCUCACUUCAGAACACACUCAAAAUGUGACAUUCCCUUGAAUAACAUGUGUGGGGCAUUCAACAAGUCUAUAUUUGAUGCUAGAGACAAGCCUAUCAUAACAUUGCUUCAGAGGAUAAGGUAUUAUAUCAUGUUGUUGAUAGCAACUAGAAAAGAAGCUAUGGAGAAAUGGGCUCAUGAUGUGGGGCCAAGAGUUUUUGCAACUCUUGAGAAGCUUAAGAAACAGUCAACCUGGUGCAUUCCAAGGCUUGCAGGGGAGAGCAAAUAUGAGGUUAAGUGUUUUGGAGGCACUCAGGGGGUAGUCGAUUUGAGAAACAUAAGUUGUUCAUGUAGGCAAUGA